AUGAAAGAGUAUCAAUGUUAUGUUACAACAGUGAAUAUAAAACAACGGCAAGGAACGAUUUAUUACCAUUGGAAUGUCACAACUAUGGAGAAAAAUGAAAGAUUCGACGAUAUUCACAUCACUUCUGUUAUAAUACCAGGGAAUCAAUCAGCUGAAUUGAAUUUGAAUCAAUUUAAAGUCAAUAAAACGUAUUCGUGCUAUAAUGUUCAAUCGUCUUGGCAAUGGAAUAAACCAUCCAAUCCCAAAAGGCAUCGUUUAUUAUUCUUAGCUGCAAAUCUUCUAGUUUUUCCUGGGAUAUGCUUACAAAUAUUCGGACGUUGUUUCUAUCAGAAAGGAAUCGCUACACAUCCGCGGUAUCUGACAACGAUAUUACCUGAUUACAGCGUAGAACUAUCGAUAGUAUUCGCUGAAACAUCACCUCCUACUUACGAAGAAGCAAUGCGAGAACGAAUUACAAGAUCGGCAGUAGUUUAG